AUGGAUCCUCGCCCUCUACCUGAGCUUAAGCAUGAUUCACUUUCCAACAUCAUCAGCAGUUUCCUCUCAAAAAUGCUAUCUAACCACCUUUAUCCAACCCCCGGCCUGGAGCUUCUUCCAUUUUCUGCUCUUAUACUUGUAUUAGUGUCCUUCGAAACUUUGUUUAUCUUCCAAAAAUGGGAACCCAUUUUCCACAUCCUCUUAUUAUUUUGUUUCCUUCUUUUUUCUGUCCUUGGACCAUUGGCCUUCAAGUCUCCUUCAGUGUAUCUUGUAGACUUUUCAUGUUUCAAACCACCGAGCUUUUGUAAAGUCUCUUUCUCUCAUUUCAUAGAGCACGCCUCUUUGAUUGAAUCUUUCGACAGCGAAAGUGUAGAAUUCAUGGCCAAAAUACUCGCUUCUUCAGGACUAAGCGAAGAGACCUAUCUUCCUCCAGGCUUACACUGCAUUCCUCCGAAGACCCAUCAACGAGAAUACAUUAAAGAAGCCGAAAUGGUUCUCUUUCCUUUAAUGGAUGAUCUUUUAUCGAAAGCCAAACUCACUCCUUGCGAUAUUGAUAUACUCAUCAUAAACUGUAGUGGCUUUUGCCCCUCACCUUCUCUCUCCUCCAUCAUCGUUGGCAAAUACUCCAUGAGAAGUGAUGUGAAAAGCUAUAACCUUUCUGGUAUGGGGUGUAGUGCAGGAGCUAUUGGCAUUGACUUGGCUCAAAAUCUCCUCACAACCAACAAGAACUCUUAUGCCAUUGUUCUUAGCACUGAAAUUUUGUCUGCCGGUUGGUAUUCAGGUAAUGAGAGGUCUAUGUUGCUCCUUAACAGCCUCUUCAGGAUGGGCAGCGCAGCAGUCUUGCUCACAAACAAAAAAGAAGCAAUUAAAUCAUCGAAAUACAGGCUUCUACGCACCCUGAGGACCCAAACAGCCUUUGAGGACAAAGCUUAUCUGACAGCAAUUCGUGAAGAGGACGAUAGUGGAAAACUUGGGGUUACCAUUAGCAAAGGUCUACUACAAGCUGCAGGAGAAAUUCUCAGGUCACACAUAACAAUUCUUGGUUCGCAGAUCGUUCCUUUCUCCGAAAAACUCAAGCAUGUUGUCUCCAUCAUUGGAAAGAAAUUUAUUGAUAAAUCAGGGGAAAUUUACAUACCAAGCUUUAAGACUGCGAUACAACAUUUUUGUUUGCCAACUUCUGGAAGGGCGCUAAUAAGAGAGAUAGCCAAAGGGCUAAAGCUUGAUGAGAGAGAUAUUGAAGCUUCUUUAAUGACAUUGCAUAGGUUCGGGAACCAGUCUUCUUCUUCAAUGUGGUACGAGUUAGCUUACAUGGAGGCCAAGGAACGUGUAAAGAAAGGCGACAGGGUUUUGCUUCUUGGUAUGGGUACUGGACCUAAGUGUAACAGCUUGAUUUGGGAGUCUGUGAGGCCCAUGGUUGGGGAGUCCAAGAAUAACCCAUGGACCGAUUGCAUCCACCUGUAUCCUAUUGAGGCCGUUUCUCCAAACUCUCCAGCCUGA